AUGGACUCGUCGCUCGCGUCGUCGACCGCGUCGACCCAACCUCGCCCGCGCCAGCCUCAUCGCCCCGCCGAUGUCACCCUCCCCUCGUUCGCCGCCACCUUCCGCAGCGCAGACUACGACCAACCCCCGCCGGGCAUCACCCACUCGGACUGGGCCCGCCUCGCCAACCCCUCGUCGAAUGCUGCCGCCGACGACCCGGACGACUCGUCGUCCCUGUUGGAUGAGCAGCCCUCGGCCGCCAGCGCCGACGACGACGACCGCGACUCGCCGCCCGCCCACCACCACCACCGACCGUCGACCGACCGCCGCACACCCACCUCGCGCGGCGCCCCGACCACCUCGUCUUCGUCGCGACCCGACGACUCGGCGUCGACCGCACCCACCCCGUCCUCGGCCGACCUCUCGACCGCCUCGACAGAGCUCUACGACCGCACCGAGACGACCCACCUCUCGUCGGCCCGCCUCGCGGCCGACUCGGUCGACCUCUCGUCGUCGACCCACCCCGACGACUCGAGCCUCGCCAACAACGUCUACGGCCCAGGCGCCCUCGGCGGGCGCCCGCGCGCCGGCAAGGCCCAACUGCGCGACACGCCCAAGGGCAACGCGCACGGCGCCGGGCAGAACAUGACCCUCCGCGAGCAGGAAAAGGUCAUCGACGAGCUCAAGAAGGACAAUUUUUCGCUCAAGCUCAAGCUCCACUUCUACGAGCAGCGCCUCGAGAGGCUCGCCCCGUCGUCGGUCGAGCAGGCCCUGCGCGAGAACAUCCAGCUCAAGGUCGAGUUCCAGACCCUGCGCACCGAGCUCAAGCGCUACAAGAAGCUCCUCCUCGAGGGCGACCGCGCCAUCCAGGCCCUCACGACCGAGCGCGACGAGCUCGCGCGCGGGUCUUCUGGCCGCCGGUCGUCGGCCGCCGGCGCCGUCGGCGGUCCGACCGCCCGCGAGCGCGACCUCGAGAAGCGCCUCCGCGAGCAGGAGGACGCGCGCGACCAGUGGGAGCGCAAGGCGCGCGAGCUGCACCGCGACAACAAGCAGCUGCGCGCCGACAGCGCGGCUGCCGGCGACGUCAAGGACCUGCGCGACCAACUCGACGCCGCCCUCGACGAGGGCGACGACCUUCGCCGCCAGCUCGCCGACGUGCACGACGAGCUCGACGACCUGCGCAACGAGGCCGCCGACAUGCGCCACGACCUUGCCGAUCACGCCGACGAGAGCGGCGUCAGCCUCGAGGGCCGCAGCAGGGGCACCAUCCGGCGACAAGUCGAUCGGCUCGAGCAGGACAACACGUCGCUCCGGUCGCAGCUCGCGGCACAGCUCACCAUGCUCGCGACCCGCAACGAGGAGGCCGACUCGCUCAAAGGCCAAGUCGAGGACCUCAAGGCCGACCUCGCUGCUCUCGAGAACGAGCUCGACCUCGCGCAACGAGUGGCCAAGCGCGCCGACGAGGAGCACGACGACGGCGACCGCGAGGCGCUCGAGAAGGACCUGGACACGCACCGCGACCGGGCAACAUCGCUCGCGCUCGAGCUCGAGGACGUCAAGACGCAGCUCGACGCCAAAGAGCACGAGAUCGAGGACCUGCUGCGCGAGAUCGACGAGCGCGACGACGUGCACCGCGGCGACCUCGAGCAGGUGGCAGAGGAGUGGCGCGAGGAGGUCGAGGGUGCGAGGGAGCGCGAGGCUCAAGCGCGGCAGGUGCUCGAGGAGAAGGAGGGCGAACUGGACGAGCUGAGCGACAAGUUCGAGGCGCUCGUGCAGCAGGUCGCCGACAAGGACGCGCAGCUGCACGCCGAGCAGCAGGAGGUCGACGCGCUCACACACGACCUGCAGAAGCUCGGCGCCCAAGUGUUCCAGCUCGAGGAGGAGCUCGACGACAAGGACCGCCACAUCGAGGAGCUCCAGAACGAGCUCGACGCCGUCGACAAGGACGCCAAGGACAAGGAGUCGGUGCACGCCGAGGUCGUCACGGCCCUCAAGGAGAAACUCGCGUCGUCAAAGGGCCGUCUGUCGGACCUCGCCAUUCAGCACGAGACGGCGACGACCGAGGCGACCUUCCUCCGCUCCAAGGUCGAGGACCUCGCCCUGCGCCACGCCAAGCUCGAGGAGUCGUCCCGCACGGCCCAGGCCGAUGCGCAACGCCUGCGCGACGAGGCGGACGAGGUCAUGCGCGCCCUGCGCAAGGAGGAGGACGAGCGCGAGAUCGUCGAAGCGGAUCUCGCGGCGGCCCGAGCCGAGGCGCACCGCGCAAAGGAGCGGGCCGAGGACCGUGAGCGCGACGUCGCCGACCUCCAGCGAGCGCUCGACGGCCUCGAGCGCAGCACUCGUCACGCCGGCGACGCCGCCAACCACGACCGCUCGGCCCUCGGCGUCGAGCUCGAGCGGGCCAAGCGCGACCUGUCUCGCGCUCAACACGAGCUGGCAGAUGCCGAGGCCGAGAUCGACGCUCGCACCAACCUCGUCAAGGAGAAAGACCUGCGCAUUGCCGAGCUCGAGUCGGACAAGAAGGACCUUGCGGCCCAGCUCGCCUCGGAAACGCAAGACCGUCUCGCCCUCGCGGACAAGCACGACCUUGCCACGAAGACCCUCCGCGAUACGCAGCACGAGCUGUCGUCGGCUCGCGAUCGCCUGCGCUCGGUCGAGAGCCAGCUCAACACGGACCACCGGGCGCUCAGCAAGACCGAGAACCAGUACCGCGACCAGCUCGCCGAGCGCAACACGCUCCUCCUCACCGUCUUCCAGGCCGUCGACCGCCUCGGUGCCACCGAAAAGCGCAAACCGCCCUCGUCACCUGCUCUCGACGCCGCCAAGCCCUUCUCCAACUUCCCCGUCUUUCACGACCGCCUCCUCGACCGCCUACGUGCCGUCAACGGCCUGCAGCACUCGUUUGAGCGCCGCACGCGUGAGCUCGAGAGCAAGUUUGUCGACCAGCUCGAGGCCCUCAAGCGUCAGCAAGAUUCGCGGCACAAGCAGCUCGACCGGUUCGAGGCGGGCCUCAAGAGCGCGACCGAGGCGCAGCGGCAGUGGCGCGCGAGGGUGCAGAGCAAGACGACCGAGCUCGAGGCGGCAAAGGCCGAGGUGUCGUCCCUCCAGGCGCAGCUGCGCAAGAGCUCGCACGGCUCGCCGAGCCUCUCGUCGCCGCGCCCCGGCUCUUCGUCCGGCGGCGCAGGAGAUGCAGCGCUGUCGUCUCGCCUGGCGGCGGCGCAGGCGUCCGUGUCGACGCUCGAGCGCCGGCUCACGGCGACGCAGGCGCAGCUGCGCGACGCCGAGUCGCGCCUCGGCGAGCAGCGCGGCAAGUACGGCGUUGCUGAGGGCAAGUGGGAGGCACGUGUGCGCGAGCUCGAGCAGCGAGUGCGGGCCGCCGAGGAGAAGGUCAAGCGCGAGCGGCAGGGCGCAAAGGAGCGCAUGCAGGAGCUUCGAGGCGAGAGUCAGCGCCUCGAGCACGAGCUGUCGGACGCUCAGCGUCGCGGAACACAGCUCGACGAUGUCCUCCGGCAGCAACAGCAGCAGCAGCAGCAGCGCCAAGCCAGUCGGCCCGAGUCGCGCCAGUCGGCCGCAUAGACGCGCUCCCCUCCCUUGUCGACGAUGCCUCGUUCCCUUUCUCUCUUCGACUUUCCCGCCGUCGCCGUCGUCUGUCUUCCCUGCCCACCCUUGUGCCGCGCCUCGCCGGCUCUCUCCCUCGCCGUGUUGUACUCGGUGUCGCUCGUCUGAAACUAUCUUCCGAGUCUUCGCC